AUUUCAUUUCAUUUCAUUUCAUUUAGUCUCUCAUAUAUUUGGUUUCUCUCUCUCUCUCUCUUUCUCUAAGUGAAUUUUCUGUAAUGGAAGAACUUAUUAUGUCUCCAAAUUGUUCUUCAACAUCUCAUCAUGUCUCAGUAACCCAAGAAAAUAUAACCAUGAUGACAAUCCAACAAAAGCUCCAAUUCAUAAUCCAAACCCGACCCGAAUGGUGGGUUUACUCUAUUUUCUGGCAAGCUUACAAAGACAACAACGGCGUCGUUUUAUCUUGGGGAGAUGGACAUUUCCGCGGCCUUAAUAAAAACACUACUCCCCAAAACAACAACAGAUUACCCGAAACGACACCGUUCGGUUUCGAUUUCGAAAUUAUGCCGAGAUACAAAACUCCUUUCCCUGAACAAGUAGCACAAGAUGAUGAAAUUAUGGAUGUUGAUACUAGAAGCGGAGGUGGUACUGGCGGUGGCGGAGGCACCGAUAUCGGGUGGUUCUGCACGGUGUCUUUUACGCGCCAAUUUUCGGGGAGCGGCGGGGGAAUCUUGACCCGGGCUUUCGCCUCGGAUCAAGAGUAUAUUUGGCUUAGCGGUAGCCAGAAUUUUCAGUUCAUGACCGGCGGUUGCGACCGAGUUAAGGAAGCUCGAAUGCAUGGUGUUCAAACCCUUUUUUGCAUCUCCAUUCCUAAUGGAGUGCUCGAGCUUGGAUCGUCUGAUCUCAUCAAGGAUGAUUGGAGUUUGGUACAAUUAAUCAAAUCUCUAUUUGGUAGUAAUAAUAAUAAUAUGGUGCAGAGGAUCCAUGGUAAUAAUCAUGAUCAUCAUCAUCAUCAUAUGACACCAUUUCUAGAAAUACAUUCUUCAAAUAAUCUAUUUUUACAGUCUAAUAAGCAAAAAGAAGGCACUAGCGAAAUCAGAAAUGGAUCUUCAUCUGAAUCAGGUCGUUCUGAACCUGAUUCAGAUGCAACUAAUUAUACUCCGGCUAACAGUACUGACUGUGGCCGGAGACAAUCAAACAACGAGAAUAUACAAAUUUCGGGAACAAUGAAAAAAAGAGGAAGAAAGCCUACAACAACCACCCCCACCGAAUCUCAAAUGCCCGUUAACCACGUCGAAGCAGAAAGACAAAGGAGAGAGAAACUGAACCACAGAUUCUACAAACUUAGAUCUGUGGUUCCAAAUGUCUCGAAAAUGGACAAGGCUUCUCUACUCGCUGAUGCAGUUGUCUACAUCAACGAGCUAAAAGCCAAAGUAGAAGAGCUUGAAGCGAAAGUAGUCCUCGAAAACCAAACCAACAAAUACCAACAUCAGCAGCAGCACCAGCACCAACACCAACAACAUCAUCAUCAUCAUCAGAUGAUGAGACCAAGUAAAAGUAGUACUAGUACUAAUACUAGUAAUACUAGUAAUAAUAACAAUAAUUUAGAUGUUGAUGUGAAGAUGUUGGGGUCAGUAGUGAUGAUUAGGGUUCAGUGUCCAGAUUUGAAUUACCCAUCAGCAAGGUUAAUGAAUGCACUUAGAGAGCUUCAAUUACAGAUUAUCCACGUCAGCAUAUCAAGUGUGAAGGAGCUUUUGUUUCAAGAUGUUUUGGUAAGAUCAUCAUCUUCAUCAAUUGAUCAAUUUUCAACUGAUUAUGAAGCUAUUAUUAGAUCAGCUAUUGUUCGAUUAAUGAACAAUUAAUUAAUAUUGUAAUUUUACGUUAUUUUAUGUUGCAAAAUUAAAACUCUGUGUGUACGAUUAUUAUUUAACGUGUACGUACGUACUUUUUUUGUCGUUGCACAUUCUGAUUAGACUAUUUAAAGAAAAAUAUCAUUUGGCUCUAACUCUCUAUACUAUUCUAUAAAUAUAUAUAUAGAUAU